AUGAGUAAGUAUCACAUUUAGAAUUAUCAAAUUUUAAAAGUUCUCGACAAAGUAAUGAAAUAUAUUUCUAUUAAAGGGAACUUAUGCCAUUGUCUAGUAAGCUUAGAAUAUAAGAAUCAAGGAAUUUGCAACUAUAGACGUAAUAUUUAUUAUGGUAACUUUAUUAUAUAAAUUAAGAUUGAUAACUUAGAAGGGAUUUACAAAUAACAAACAUUGAAAUUGCUCGAAUCCGAAAUAAUGAGAAUAACCAAAUGGAUAAACUAUAUACAUAUUUGUAGAAUUGAAAGACAUUCAACAAAGUUAGAAUGUAAUUAAUCUGAUGUUCUUAAAGAGAUUUAGCAAUGUUGAUCAAAAUGAAUUAGCCAACUAGCAGAUUACCUAAGUCUGAAGCCUAUUAUGCUUUAAUUAAUUGGUGCUGUGGAAUCUUUUAUUUAAAAAGAUAAUUCAUCAUGAUCUCAAAAUCAUGCAUAAAUCAGAAAAUAACUCUAUAAUUGAAUUGUUUCUAUAAAAAGG